ACUCUGUAUACUUUGUUGACAACAUGGCGGACAUCAACCGUACAGCUUCGCCUAUGCACCUGUUUGAAGAGGAUAUAAACGAAACGAGAGAUGUUACCGAGAAAAGGAGGAGAUUAAUACAAGACAGGCAGCACACAAAAUCACCAUUUUUAAUUGGAUCUAUUGAUUUAGUCAAUAAAAAGAUCAGUAAGUUGGAUCGCAAGCUGUCUCAUUACUCUGAGUUGGUUUGUGAAUCCCAGAGCACAGAGACUGAAGAUGACUACAUUGCACAGUUUUUGCAUCCUUCAAGUGCAAAGGGGAGAGAAAAAUAUGAAAAGAAAGUGAAAGAUGCCAAGGAGUUGAAUGCAUUUGCUGGGUUUUAUGCACUACAAUCAACUAUAGGCCAUGAAGUCAGUGAGCGAGUGAGAAAUAUCUCUAAAGUCACACUGCAGCCUAAUAAAAUACCAGUAAAAAAAGUUGAAACAGGAAAACCAAAAUUCAUUGAGUUGCACCAGUUCCCUGGCUAUGAUCCCACUGAACUGACUCAGCUGCCACAUGAUAUUUCUGCUACACAAAUACUUAAUAAGGUCACAUUUGCCCAGAUGGACCUCAAAAGAAAACCAAAUUACAGACCAGAAUUUGAAAAACUCUUCUACUCACCAAUGUCUCAGGCUAUGUUACUAGAUAUAUUCUGGUUUUAUUUCCUGGAGAAAUAUCAGCCCAACAAAGUAGUUCAAGCAAAAUUGUUUAACAGAGUAUCACACAACUAUGUGAAGUUGAUGAUUUAUGCAAAGCAUCCACAAUACAAGGAAGUGUUCCUGAAGUCAUACCCUGACCUAAUGUCACAGGCAGUGUAUGCAGCAUACUGUGAGGCCUUUCCUGACUCCUACAGGCAGUUUAGUGAGGACUUUAAAGAAAUGAUGGUGUUUUUAGUAUGGGAAUGGAUGGCUGGCAUGCGGCCAGCACCCCGCUCCUGGUUAAAGUGGAACUUCCCAAUGCUUGAGCCACCCGGUAUCAAGAACAGGGAGGAGAUGAUGAAUGCCAAGAAAGAUAAGAAAACAUCUGUGUUGAACUUUGACUACCUAGAUCACCUGGAUCAGAUGCAAAGUCUGUAUGGCUCCAGUACUUCAUUAGCAUCCACUAGCAGGCAGAGUAAACAGUCAUUUCCAAGGAAAAGUACAUCUUGGCAAAAAGGAAAGAAGCAAUCAGUUACUGGUGUAAAUGACACUAGGUCUGCAGUUGGUGAGCCCCCUUCAACAGCCUCUGCCAUUGAGACUGUGGCUGAGGCCCAGGCCUCUGCUGCUGCUGGGGCAAGUGCUUCUGGACAGAGUAAUAAAACAAAUGCAGGGAGUCCUACCAAAAGACAGUCUAAAAAAUCUAGGGGUUUGGCAGAUGUCAGAGAAGGGCUUGAUGUUUUGUCUCCAAUCAGAGAACUGAAUAUGGAAGAAGAUGAAGUGGAGGAGGAAUCAGAUUUGAAAGUUAAAGCUAAGAAGGCAGCUUCCUUACAUCCAUCAACCAUGUCUUUUAUAAGUUCAGGGUAUAAGAAAAAAGAGUCCCAUCCAGCAUGCAAGGGUCCAGACUUUGUGCGGUCUGUCUUUGAUGUCCAGGGCCAGUGCCCCCUGGUGGCUCAUUUUAUGAGGACACACCACCUCACAGAGCAGGCAGGGACAACAUACAAGGUCCAGAGAACUGAGAUGGAGAAUCUACCACCUCUGGAGACUAAAACCUACAGAGAUGUGAUCAUUGGUGCCUUUAAGAAUGUCAAACAGACCAAGCAGACAUAUGACAAACUUUUGGAUAAAACAAUGAAAGAAAACUCCAAGUUUAAUGGACGUCAAAAGAGAGAGUUGCAGAAACACCAAGUGAGGGAGUCUUCAUUAUUAUCAAACUCACGAGAAGUAAAACGACUGGCUGAACUACUUAUUCUGGAACAAAAGAGGGAUGGUGAUUCCAUAUCUGCUGGUGCUGAUGCUGCAAUAGAAGCUGCCUUAUUGGCACAGGAUGGGUAAAUCUCAGGCACCGUGAACUAGACUUAUGUUAAUAGACAAGAUAAUAUAGCAUAUUAACAUACCGUUGACUGCGUUUGAAGACGUCAUCAACAAGUACAUGUAAUAACUUGUAAGUUUCAUAUUGUCAUAAGCCAUUUCAUCCUUACAAAUUUCACAAUGUUCUAGAUUUUGGUGCCAAUCUGGGAUUUCUUUGGAAUUUUUUACCACUUCCAACAAUAUUUCAACUAACAAUGGAUUAGAAAACAUAUAUUUAACCUGUGCCAACCUCACAAAGCAUAAUAUAUUAUGAGUGGGGCAUGUUUUUGUAUAAGUGUAUCAUAUAUGUACAUUUGCAUUGGAUAUGUCAAAUAAAACUAUUUUUGUACCAAAAGAAUUAUUUUACCACAAAACAAUCAUUUCUAAGAAAAGUCAUGGGUGUGCAUUAACUGCAAAACCUUUUCUUAAAAAAUUAUUCUCAAAUGAGCACUCUAGAAUAAACAUAAUUAAUUUGGAGGAGCUU